AUGGAAAAAAUAAAAUGGCACGAUCGCCUUUUCGGCAAAAAACUAAUAAAAUGCGACUCGGUGAACACCAACUCCAACUCCAACAACUUCGAGCUUAUCUCCACUAGUGAAGUUCUGCAGAAUGUAAACAUUACGGGAGUUUACUUUUCGUUCGCCAAUAUUAACCUUCAAAGUGACGAGUUUAUUAAUAAGCUCAAAGAGUUCUAUGAGAGAUUAAGGAAUGAAAGUUGCAGUGAUGAGAAAAAGCUUCAGGUUAUUCAGGUUGUGAUGUGGGCCCACAACGAUAAUUACGGUGAUAUCGAAAGCAGCCAUCGCGAAAGUCUGAUGGGAUUACCAUGGUUUGCCAUGCCUUUUAGUGAGAUUGAUUUGAAGAAUGAAUGCGACUGUCAGUUUGGCGACGGAGGCCAGAGUUAG